UACUGGAGGGUUGUCACGGAGCUCAACAGUCUCUUCACAUCUCUGUCGGUCUGUCCUUCCAAGUUCCAACUCCAAAAGUUCCCAAGGUACUCUUUCUAAAUCAAUCUUGUUUGGCCUCGUGUUAAGAAAAUAUUUAGCCAUCCAAACAAACAGAAACAAUCUGCAUGGAGUCCAAUAAUAAAAUUAAAAUCCGCUCCCCCUCGAAACUGAAACCCAUUUUCUUAUGGCUCUUAUCAUCGCUUGUAGUUGCACUGAUAGCAAUUUCAUUCAGCUCCACUGCAACCAAGACAAACUAUUUCAAAACCCUACUACUGAAAUUAACCUUCUCAUCACACCACACUCGACUUCUAGGGUUUCUUUUCCCAUCCCAAAACCACAUACAAACCCUAACGCCUAACCCCAUUUCCAUCUCCCCUUACUGCGUGCUCUGGAUGGCUCCCUUCCUUUCGGGUGGUGGGUACAGUUCAGAAGCCUGGUCUUACAUUUUGUCUCUUCACCAACACAUGAAAAACCCUAGAUUUAAAUUGGGUAUUGAGCAGCAUGGCGAUCAAGAGAGCAUAGAAUUUUGGGAGGGUUUACCUCCGCAUAUUAAGAAGCUUGCUUUUGAGCUUCACAAUACAGAAUGUAGGAUGAAUGAGACUAUUGUGGUAUGUCAUAGUGAGCCAGGUGCUUGGUACCCUCCCUUGUUCCAAACCUUUCCAUGCCCACCAACUGGUUAUGGCGAGUUCAUGUACACGAUCGGUCGGACCAUGUUUGAGACGGACAGGCUCAAUUCUGAACACGUAAGGCGGUGUAAUCAAAUGGAUUUUGUUUGGGUUCCUACUGAAUUUCAUGUAUCCACCUUUGUUAAAAGCGGGGUUGAGCCAUCCAAGGUUGUGAAAAUCGUUCAACCAAUUGAUGUGAGCUUCUUCGAUCCACUUAAGCACAAGCCAUUUGAUCUUGCCUCCAUAGGGAAAUUGGUUUUGGGCAGAGCAAAGUCGCGAGAGGAGUUUGUGUUGUUGAGUGUGUUUAAGUGGGAGUAUAGGAAGGGAUGGGAUGUGUUGCUGAGAGCAUACUUGAAAGAAUUCUCAAUGACUGAUGGGGUUGCCCUCUAUCUCCUAACAAAUCCCUACCACUCUGAUGGAGAUUUUGGUAACAAGAUUGUGGAGUUUGUGGAGGAUUGUGGCAUAGAAAAACCUCCCAACACUUGGGCUCCAAUUUAUGUGAUAGAUACCCACAUAGCUCAGGUUGAUCUUCCCAGAGUGUAUGCAGCGGCUGAUGCAUUUGUUCUUCCAUCAAGAGGUGAAGGGUGGGGCCGGCCACUGGUGGAAGCCAUGGCAAUGUCGUUACCGGUGAUUGCCACCAACUGGUCAGGGCCAACCGAGUAUUUGACAGAUGAAAAUAGCUAUCCCUUGCCUGUGGAUAGAAUGAGUGAAGUAAUGGAAGGAGCAUUCAGAGGGCAUCUUUGGGCUGAACCUGGUGUGGAUCAGCUUGGGGUUCUAAUGAGACAUGUGGUCAGCAAUCCUGAGGAAGCUAGAGGCAAGGGAAGAAAGGCUAGGGAAGAUAUGAUUAGUAGAUUCUCUCCAGAGAUUGUUGCAGGGAUUGUUACCCAUCAUAUACAACAUAUACUUGGAAAUAAAUGAUAUUGGAGUUUGGGGUUUUUGAUGUUUUCUUGUCUUGGUUGGGAUUCUCAUGCCUAGUGUUGCUUCUGCUUUUUGCUUCUUUUGCAGUUGGAGUUAGGCUGGGCUCUGGACUCUCUAGAGAAGGAUAUGGUUUAUGAGCAGCUUCCUCAUUUAUUGA